GGGGAUGAGCCGGGGCUGCAUUUACAGCGGGAGCGCCACGCGGGUCCGGAUUCCUGCCUGGGGGGGAAAGAGUUCAGGAAAGAGCGGUACAGAGAAGAGGCGGGUGAGUUGCCUUUCAGAAUUAAAACUACAGCAAAGGGAGAGCAGAUCUUUGCUCCGGAGCGGAAUUCCAUCCAGUUGCCGAAGCAAGAUUCCAGUCCUUCAAUUGUUUCAGGGUUGUGUGAACGAUGACUUGGCAAAAGAUGCUCUAUUCCUGCUGUUUCUUGACCGUGUGCCUCACUUGCGUCCUGGCCAAGCCACCCCCUGAGAAAGACCGGGUCUACCACGGCCAGGACCUCAGUGACCACCCCCAUGACGACAAACAGGAUUUCCAGUAUGAUCACGAAGCCUUCUUGGGCGAAGAGGAGGCCAGCAGGUUUGAUGAGCUGCCACCUGAAGAAAGCAAACGACGACUGGGGAAGAUCGUAGAUCGCAUUGACCGGGACGGCGAUGGCUUUGUGACUCAGCCUGAGUUGAUGGACUGGAUCAAGCACACUCAGAACCGACACAUACAUGAGGACGUGAACAAGAAGUGGAAAGAGUAUGACAAAAAUAACGACGGGCGCAUCAGCUGGGAGGAGUACAAGAAUGCUAAUUACGGCGACGAAAUUGCUGAUGUCGAAAACAAAGAGAUGUACGAGAAAAUGAUGGAACGGGAUGAACGGCGAUUCAAAACAGCCAACCAAGACGGAGACAUGUUCGCCACGAGGGAAGAGUUCACGGCCUUCCUUCACCCUGAGGAAUUUGACUUCAUGAAAGAUUUGGUCGUGACGGAAACCAUUGAGGACAUAGACAAGAACGGGGAUGGCUUUGUAGAAGUGGACGAGUACCUUGGUGACAUGUAUAGUCCUGCAUUCGGAGGCACAGAACCUGAGUGGUUGAAGAAUGAACGCCAACAGUUCUUGGAUUUCCGGGACCUCAAUAAAGAUGGGAAAAUGGACCGGGACGAGAUCCAGCACUGGAUCCUCCCAUCGGGCUAUGAUCAUGCCGAAGUGGAGUCGAAGCACCUCCUCUUUGAGUCGGACAAGGAUAAGGAUGAAAAAAUAACCAAGCAGGAGAUAUUAGACAAUUGGAACAUGUUUGUGGGAAGCCAGGCCACAAAUUAUGGCGAAGAUUUGAAAAAGAACCACGAUGAGUUGUGAUCUAAGUGGCUUGGGCAGGAGGGUGUUCAUUAGAAAGCCCUCCCUUAAGCAAGGGGGAAAGAACACGCCAAAAGGGAAAGAUUGUCUUAUUUAUUGGUGGAAGGGCCUGCUUAAAUUCUCCAAGAAGCUAUGUUAGCUGGCCUACCUGGGCAGGUGAAGGGAAAAUGGCUGGUAGAAUUCUCUCUCUGGACAGUUGCCUCUCCGACCAAUCCUGUUCAAUACAUUACACUCCUCUCUUCCAGGUUAACACUGUGACAGACACACUCUGCACUGACUGCUCCCUCCACGCACCAAGCAGGAGUCUUCGAGGGACAUUGCUUUUAAUGUGUCCUGUUUGCUCCUCAAAAGAACUUGAUCUAACCUCCAAGGCUUCAAUAUCAUUACUUCCGUGAAUCGCUUGGGUAGCCACUUAUUUGCUAAGGUUGCUUCCGCACCCAGGUUUUUGGAUGCCAUACUGGAACUUACUUGGUGUUUUGUGGUUUUCUGGAAAUAUGGCAACCUUUGUACACCAUGUGAAUGGGAAAGUGCGCAUUUUUAAAUGUCCAAACUACAUCAACACUUCAGACUCUCUCCCCCAGCCUCUAGAGGACUUUUUAAAAACAGGCAAUUGCUAGAUCAUGAUAAUAUUAUAAAAUAAGCCCCAAUCUAUUCCUUAUGGCCUUUUGUAAUUUCAGAGCUAUAAAGGGAAAAGUGCAUAUCUCUGCAUUGAAAAGAGCCUUUUUAAGCAAAGCAAAUUGAGAACGCAGAGGAAUUUGUGACAAUAGGUCACAAUAUUGCAAUAAUGUUACAACAAUCUACCAAUUUUAAUAUUUUUAAAUCUCUCUUUUGGUAUCAGGAGAAAUGGUGGCUAUGAGGAACUGAGGUUAGAAAGUAGUGGGGAUAAUAGCCAUUGCAAAUAACUGUGUUGAAACUGCUUGUGUGAACCCCAAAUUACUUCUUCUUUAAGGGCAAACAUGCAUCUUCUCCACCCUGUUUUCCUUCCUCUUUGGCAUGAAGAUGCAUGUUUCCUCUUACAAAUUCCCAUUAUGAAAGGAGGGAAGGAAGACUAGAGGCAUCUGGGAGGCCAUAAAUGAAUCCAGUCACGAGAUUCAUGAUCCCCCUCCUCCAAGCUGCUUGUAAAGACCAAAAGGACUUCCCGACAUGCUUUUGCAAGGGCUUUGUCAUUAACCCUGACACUCCCAACAUCGCUGUUACUCCUAUGGACUUGUCGCUCUUCUAUCCAGGACGGCAUGUUGUCGCGGGAGGAGUUGAUGGAGAGUUACCAGCGUUUCCUUGAUGAUGCCAAAAGUUACAAUGAAAUACUGAAGCAGAUGAGCCCCCACCAAGAGCUGUGACCUCACACAUGUAACACUCUGCAUUAGUAAUAAAAACCAUUCUUCCCUUA